GCCCCGCGGCCGCGCGCCCCGCCUCCUCAGGCGGCGGCCAUGGCGGCCUGGCGGGUCCCGGCUUCCGCGCUCGGGAGGCCGCGGCCCGCCGCCCCGCCGCCGCCCCGUGACGGAGCAGCGUUCCGACGGGGCCGCGGCGUCCCCCUCUGCUCCGCUGCGCGGGAGGACGGCGGUGGCCCCGGGCCCGACUCGCAGGGCGGGCAGGAAGAAGCGGCCAAGCGCCCGGCGAGCCAAGAGUUAACGGCGGCGGAGCGGAGGAUCGUGGAGCUACACGCGGCCGCCUGCGCGGCUGGCCAGCUAAACUACGUGGACCCAGCUACCGGCUACAUGGUGUUCACCCAGCUGGCCCACUUGCAGAGAGGCCAGUGCUGCGGCUCAGCCUGUAGACACUGUCCAUAUGGUCAAAUCAAUGUUAAAGAUCCGUCCAAAAAGAAGCAGUUCAAUUCAUAUUUUUAUGUGUGACAACAAUUUUAUCUCUGUUCUCCAUCUAAUUGAGCCUUAUUAAAAAUAAAUAAAUAAAAUUUUAAUCCAGAA